AUAAAUGAAUGCGAAAGAAAUAACGGCGGUUGCCAACAUCGUUGCAUAAACGUGGAGGGAUCGUACAGUUGUGAUUGCAAUCCCGGAUGGCAACUUGGAAACGAUGGACGAACUUGCUAUAGUAGGUUUCAUUGCAUCCUUGUUAAUUCCAAACGUAAUGGGAACAUCCCGCAAUCACACGGAUAA